CACAGGAAGAACCCGGCUGAUUGGGUUUCAGUCUCUGCAGAGCAAAGAGGACGGCAGGCCGUACAAUAAGAGAUCUGGGAAUCUAAACUCCUGUUCUUCUGGGACCUGGAUCUUUCUCCUGCGGAGACCCGACGUCUCACAGCUAUGCCUCUCUCAAGCUCUGCCCCUUCUAACAAGAGGAAGAAGGCCAGCAAGAUCAUCACUGACCUUUCCCACAUCAGCCAGAAUGAGGACGAGCUGGACCCGGACGCUGCUGAAUUCGACCUGGGCACCAAGAUCAAGACGCCGAAGGACGUGAUGCUGGAGGAGCUUUCCCUGAUGAAGAACAAGGGCUCCAAGAUGUUCAGGAUGAGGCAGCAGAGAGUUGAGAGGUUCAUCGUGACCAAUGAGAACAUGCAGAACCUCCAGAAUCUGCUGAUGUCUCCGCCUGUUGUUCCACCAAAACCAGAGAAGCCAAAAGAAGAAAAGAUGGAAGAGGCAGUAGAUAGUCUGGAAAAGGCAAAGAGGAGGAAGGAAUAUGUCCGCACAUACAUAUCGCCCUGGGAAAGAGCCAUGACAGACGAGGAGCUGAAAGCCACCAUGAAGCCUCGUAUGCCAGGACCCAUCCACACUCACCCGGACCUGCCGCAGUACAAAAGCUUCAACAGGACGGCGCUGCCUUUCGGCGGCUUCGAGAAGGCGUCCAAGCUGCUGACCUUCGAGCUCCCGGAGGUCAGCGCUGCCGGUGAGGAGCAGGAGCCUCUCCCGACCCUUCAGGCCGACAUCCGCUCAAGACCCUCGUUCAACCGCACGCCCAUCGGCUGGGUCUGCAGGGACGGCAGCUCGCACAUCCAGCCGGACGCGGAGGUCGUCGACGACGGCGAGACGGACGACCUGUGACCUGUGAAGACACAUCAGCAUAUUUACAGUCCAAGACUUCAUCACACACAAAGAAAGCUCUUCUGGGAUUCUUGUUCCUGCUGAGGUGCAUCUAUUAAACACACAACUUUAACUGACUGGAAACAAAAAUUGUGAGGCUUUUGUGCCGCUAAUGUCAGAACUGGGUGAAUAGCAGCAGAUUGGCAUGCUGCAAUAUUAAACUAACGUAAAUAUGCAAUAAAUGUUCCCCUUUA